GACUUGUGGAUAACGUGUUGGACCACCUUCCUGUCACAUGUCCGCUACAGUAGGAUCAUAUGACUUCAGUCGAUGAAAAUGAAAGCUGGGUGCAGCCAGCUGAAAUCUGUAGUGCUUAUAUUGGUCUUUAAUUUACGUUUUUGCGUAAGUUAUCAACUGACUGAGCUGCAGGUAUGUGAGCUGUGCAACGGUCCAGUCCUAAAUGGCUCCGUAGUGGGGCAGUUUUGCGCCACGUCCGCUGGUCGGAUAGACGGGCGCUGCUGCUUGAAAAAUGACAACACAAGCAACUCUGAACACAUCAUCGGGUUGGAUCUGUCCAAUUGUUCACUAAGUCAUGUGGAAGAUCUUCAGGGAGCAUCAUCAGCUUUAAUGAUAGACCUCUCGCUAAAUCCUAUUGUCAACAUCAGCGCCACAGCAUUUCAAGGAUUUAUUGAGUUAAAUUACAUCAUUUUGCCACAAGACAUAGCUUGUCCUGGCGGCAACGCUUCUUGGGGAAAGGUGGAGGUCAAAGAGGGAAAUCGUCUUUGUGAAGGCCAGAAAGACAUGUGCAACCAAACGGGACAGCUGUCCGUUAACUGCCCGGAGAACUCCCUCUGCGCCCCCUAUGGCCCCGGCUUCUCCGAGUGCAGCUGUACUGACAACUUCUAUGGAUACAAGUGUCUUCGAGAGGGGGAGUUCCCGGCUCUGCAAGUGUUUGGCCCUCUUGGAGCAUCUACAGUGGUGAUCUCUUUCCUGCUGUGGGUCACCCAGAGACGUAAAGCCAAAUCAUUGUAAGCUGGGCUGCAGUCGACUUCUUCGUCUGCGAUGAUCCACUGAGCUGAAACUGAAAGGGAAAAUGCUGACACAAAGCCCGAGGUUAUCCCCAGGCUUCUUUUAAACAUUGUUUUAUUCUUCUUUUACGUGACAGAUAUAUUUUAUCAAGGUAAAAACUGACAUUGACUUUUUUUUUUUUUAUACUGCAUCAUGAGUGCAAUUUUAGAGAGAAAAUCAUUUUAACAAGUUUUACGUUUUUGGCAAUAAUACCAGUUUAAUUAUUUUUGACAGUAGUGGUCCGGUCCCGUGUAGUUGACCGACACAAGAUACUAAUGAAGAGGUUGUGUUGAGGAAAGUUCUGAGGGCUUGCUUGCUGUUAACUGUGCCAAACAUGCACUAAAUGUGUAAGGGUUUACACAAUGGAACUACUGUAUAUGUCCUGAAGCACAUUUGAAAAAAACAAUUGUGGAAUUUGACAAAUUGUUUACUGCAUGUUGAACAUGUACUCCACUCAGAGCAAAAACCAAGUCAGGUUCACUCUAUAAGUCAUGACGUGAACCAUGUCUGUAUUAAGUUAGAUUAAAAAAGUGGAACAUUGAGUCUGACUACUACAGUAUAUUUAGUGGUCACCUGCUUUUAUGCUGUUAACACUUUUUGGAUGUUUCAACUCUAAGAAGAAACUAGGCUCAAAAUGUUGUGUCCACUGUUGAGUUACACUGAACUCAUCAGCUAAAAUGUGUUCUUCAGUCACGUGGUCACAUCAUGUGGAAAAUGUCUCGAUGUUGAUGGGUGAGUAGUUUUCAUGCUUAUCAAUGAUAUUCAGGGUUCUAAUAAAAUGUU